AUGGGAGUUGUAAAGAAAUUUAAAAAGUUCUGUAACUGGGUCUUUUCUCGGAAAUCCGGGAAAACCCAGAAGAACCUAAUCGAGGGCGACCUCGAGCACCAGAGAUGUUCUGAUGGCGAAGCUGGACCAAGUAACGUCGCGUUCAUCUCUCACAUUCAAACCGGAGCUGGUGUUUCACCAAGCCCAGCACCACAGAAAGCGGAGAAGAAACUAAAGAGGUUCCGGAAAUGGUUUUCUCGGAAAUUCAAGAAAACUAUAACCAGAACCAAACAGCGCCAGCCGAGCAGCCCACAGACUCAGAGAUCCCCUGAUGGUGACAUCAAUGACGAAUAUCGAGUCAAAGGGAUUAUAGGUCGUGGAGGGUUUGGAGCUGUCUGUGCUGGAGUUCGUCGGUCGGAUUCACGAAAGGUGGCAAUCAAAAAUGUGAGCAAGACUGAAGCAAGAAGAACCUUGAAGAUUCUACCAUAUGAGAAGACUGUUCCACUAGAGGUCGGAUUGAUGUAUUUGGUGAGCACAGGUCCUUACGUUCCUCAAAUAAUACAGCUGCUGGAUUGGUAUGAGACGCCGAGCCAGUACACACUGGUGCUGGAGCGUCCCAAUUCCUGCAUGGACCUGCAAAAGUUUGCAUGGAAGCAUCGCAAGAAAAUGACUGAAUCGGUAGUACGAUUGGUGAUGCACCAGGUGGUCACUGCUGCAAUUGCAUGCUGUGAAAUGAACGUUUACCACAGCGACAUCAAGCCGCAAAACGUGCUCAUCAACCCCCACACCUUCCAGAUCAAGCUAAUAGACUUUGGUGUUGGUAGAAUCAUGACCAGCGAAGGCUAUUCAACAUUCGGUGGCACACAGGCUUAUGCUCCUCCGGAGUUUUCUGAUUGUAAAAAGUUCCACGCCAAGCCUGCAACGGUGUACUCUAUAGGUAUAAUGUUGUACAGGCUGCUGCACAGAAAAUCCCCUCACAGAGAGCUCAUUGAGAUUGUCGCCAGAACCUGGGAGCGUGACAGACUAUCCAAAGAAUGCAUCGACAUGAUCUGUUCCUGUCUGCAAAGAAAUCCGCGACAGCGGAUUCCUCUUGAAGAGAUCCUCCACCAUAACUGGUUCCAGAUAACAGCACAGCUGAAGAAGAUCCUGGGACAUGAAGAAGAUUACACCAAGCUCCUUCUCUUCAUCCAGCUACUAACACCAAACUCCUCCUCUUCAUCGAGCAACCUAACACCAAACUCCUCCUCUUCAUCGAGCAACCUAACACCAAGCUCCUCCUCUUCACCAAGGCAUUAA